GACGAGCAGAGAAGAAGAAGAAGAGCUUCAGUCUCUUUGUCUGAGCACAGUCUUCUGGUGUUGGUGAUCCGGAUCACGAUGGAGCUCCAGACGUGGACCUACGGCCUGCUGGUCCUCGCCACCGUGUUUGAACCUGCAGAGGGGAUGACUAUCUACAGCCCUCAGAUGUGUUACCUUCUGGACGGUUUCCUGGGCCUGUACGGACUCGUCAUCACCGCCAUGUUCAUCAGAGAGAAGUUCUUCAGAGGAAAAGCGAAGAUGACCGAGGAGAGCCUCUACACUGAUCUGAGGGGUCAGGACUCUGGAGGUUACGCCCCGCUGCUGAGAGGAGACCCUGAGAGAGGAAGAAACCGCAGGAAAGCAGAUGAUAAUUCAGAGUACACGGCUCUGAGCAGACCCACAGACGGAGAGUACAAGGAGCUCCCCGUUAAAAGAGAGCGUCAGAGGAAGAACGAGCAGGUGUACCAGGGUCUGAGCUCGGCCACCAGGGACACGUACGACGCCCUGCACAUGCAGCCACUUCCGGCCCGCUAACGUGGGCAGAUUUGACCACGCCCACAGAAACGCGGACACGUGUCAGAGAGGAAUAAUCUGGGAAAACCAGGAGUAAUCUGUAAAUUAGGAUAUUUCCAAAAAUAAACAGGAAAGAAGCUCCCGAAGUAAAGCUAAAACCAGCUGUAGUCCUGAUAAAGUACCAACAUACAGAGAAACAACAUCACAGAAAACACAUGACCGAUACUUUUAGCUUUGUGUUUAUUUUUUAUGUUCUUUUUAUUUUGUACAUUUCUGUUUUUUGGUACAUAAUUCAGCAACUGUCCGCGAGGUGUCUCAUUUUGCUAAACAAUUAAAAUAAUGAUUAAAAAAAGAAUAAAGAUUAUUAAAAGCUCCAAAAACUCUGACAGGUUCUGAAUGAUCAGGAGUUAAACAUUUAUUUUCCUCAAAAAUAACGUUAUAUGGAAGCCCAUUUCUGCCAACUGAUGAUUCAAAAAUAUGACAUUGGAUGAUUAUUUGAAUAAAUACAUCAGGUAAAAGUCAAUAUUAUGAGAUGGUCUGAGUCAGGGUUUCUCAACAUUGGGGUCGGGACCCCAUUGGGGGUCGCAAGACACUGAGAUGAGGUCUCCAGAUGCCUUAAAGAAACUAGGAAUAGUUUUAAAUUUACACUGUUGCCACUUUACACCAACUUUGCCAGAUUUCAACCCGUUGUCAUCACUGUUUUCCCACCAAUUUUGCCAACUUUUAACACAGUUUUUCCACUUGAAAACCUUUUUUUUAUUAUUUAAACCCUUUCCACCACUGUUUUUCUGCCUGUUUUUGCCACUUCUAAAUCAAACCUUGCCACUCUGCCUAUUGUUGGCUCUGCUCCCAUUAUUGCCACUAUUAACCCCUCUUUACCACUUUUUAUGCCACAUUUCACAAUUUAACAUGCCCAUGUUUGCCUAUUCCUGCUUAUUUUAUAUCCAUAUUUCAUCCCAUUUCACCAAAUUUCCACCUCGUUUUUCCACUUUAACACCAUUUCAGCCAUGUUUUCAUCCCCUUUCACCACUAAAUAUGCCUGUUUUUGCCACUUUAACCCAUUUUUGCUAUUUUUGGUUAUUUUUUUGCCACUUUUAUCCCAUUUUUGUCCAUUCUGACCCAUUUCUGCUACUUUUCAACUCUAAUUUCAUCACCUUUCCCACCAUUUUUUGCCAUUUUAACUCAUUUUAGCUAUUUCUAAUGCAUUUUAAUUCUGUUUUAAACAAAAAGGAUGAACAUUUAAAGAGGGCUAUUUACUGCACAAAUGAAUUAAAAGGAUAUUUUUCUUUGAUCAGAGUGGUUAUGAUUCAGGUUAAAUAUAAAACACCACAGCUUCACUUUACAAUGGACCAGGAUUCUGCUGGUCCCAGUUUGGCUGGGCCAUUUCCCCCCUAAAUGGCUGCCGUGUCUCCACAUGACUAUUCUUGAAUGUGCAUGGCUGUUCAGCCACCUUCAGGUACAGUGGAGGUCCCCGGGCUCUGACACCUUUAUUUUGGGGGUCCCUGGGCUCUGGCACCUUU